AAAAGAAACUGAAUUUUUUUCGCAUUCGUGAACUUAACGAAAAUAUAAAUGAACUUAUAAAGGAAAAACCUUAUAUUAUUAACAAGGACGAUUGCACAAGGAAUUUUAUAAAAUGCCCUCCUAUAGAAGUAUUACAUCAUAAGAAAAUAUUAUAUGAUUUUUUAGAAUAUUAUAUAUAUCUAAAUGAUGAAUGGUCUAAAAUAAAAGAAAAAGGAGAAUACUGUAAAUACAUUACUCAUAUUUUCGAACUAUACCAUAAAUUAUAUGAGGAGGAUAGUCAAUGGGGAUUAUUACGCAGAUAUGAAAAUGAAUUGAAGCUUUUUAGUACUACAUUUACAAAUGAAAAUGUGUUAUCUUCUUUAAUAUCAAGGUGUAAUAUUGAUAAUUCACUUAUAAAAUCAUUCAAAGAUGUUAAAACAACAGGCAUGCUAGAAGAAAAUCAUUUGAGAGGACGCGCUAUAUUAAAUCGUUAUGAUAAUAGCUUUACCAUCAUACAAAAUGAAUAUGUUCGUUUUCUUAUUUGA